CUUCUUUGCUUGAGCAUACAUUGAUUGUUGUGGCUCCCCGGUUCCCGGAGAAAGUUCGCUUCAAAAAGUCAGUUCGUGUUAUUUUGCAGUAAUAUUGAAUAAGUAUGGCAGACUCUCAGGAGGACAAGCUUUACAGAGCGGAAUAUGCCAAAAGCGGCCGGGCGUCGUGCAAGAAGUGCAAAGAAAACAUCGCGAAAGACUCGCUGAGGAUGGCCAUCAUGGUGCAGUCACCCAUGUUUGAUGGCAAGGUCCCCCACUGGCACCACUUCUCCUGCUUCUGGCAGCGAGCAGCAGCUCAGUCCACCAGUGAUAUCGGGGGGUAUUCUGACCUCCGCUGGGAGGACCAGGAGAAGGUCAAAAAGGCUAUUGAAAGUGGAGGAGCAACAGGAGGAAAAGGGGACCAGAAGAGUGGAGCUAAAGGAGAGAAGACACUGAAUGACUUUGCAGUUGAAUAUGCCAAGUCAAACCGCAGCACGUGCAAAGGCUGUGAGCAGAAAAUAGAAAAGGAUCAGAUCCGUGUAUCCAAGAAAACCGUGGACCCAGAGAAGCCCCAGCUGGGUCUGAUCGACCGCUGGUACCACACUGCGUGUUUCGUGAGCCGUAGGGAAGAACUGGCCUUCAAGUCUGAAUACAGCGCCGCCCAGCUGAAGGGUUUCAACACACUACGGGCAGAAGACAAGGACGAACUUAAGAAGAGGCUCCCUGCUGUCAAAACUGAAGGAAAGCGUAAAGCUGAUGAUGUGGACGGAGUAUCAAAGAAACAGAAGAAGGAGGAGGAUGAUCAGAAGAAGAAGCUUGAGGAGCAGUUGAAGAACCAAAGCCAGCUGAUUUGGGGAAUCAAGGACAAGCUGAAGAAGUUUUGUUCAACCAAUGAUAUGAAAGAGCUGCUGAUUGCAAAUGGCCAGGAGGUUCCCUCCGGAGAAUCAAAUGUGGUGGACUGCCUCUCUGACGGCAUGGCUUUUGGCGCUCUAGAGGCCUGUAAGGAGUGCAACGGCCAGCUGGUGUUCAAGGGCGAUGCUUACUACUGUACCGGGGACAUAUCAGCCUGGACGAAGUGUGUGUUCAAAACCGCAACACCCGAACGCAAAGACUGGGUCAUCCCCAAGGAAUUCCAUGAAGUUCCCUUCCUGAAAAAAUUCAAGUUCAAGCGGCAGGACAGGGUUUACCCGAAGGAGGCUCCCACCCAAACCCUUAACGUGGCCAAAGCAGAACCCUUGGCAAGUGCAUCGAGUGCCCCGACUGAGCGACUGCCCGAGGGGGCCCCUGCAGACAAACCUCUUACUGGUAUGAAACUGUUGGCUGUGGGUAAGCUGACCAAGAACAAGGAUGAUCUAAAGGCUGCUGUAGAGGAGCUGGGUGGAAAGAUUACCGGCACAGCCAAUAAGGCCUCAGUCUGCCUCAGCACCAAGAAGGAGGUGGAGAAGAUGAGUAAGAAAAUGGAGGAAGUGAGGGAUGCAGGCGUGCGUGUGGUCUCCGAGGAUUUCCUCACAGACAUCAAGUCGUCGGGUAAAGCCCUCCAGGAACUGGUCUCCCUGCACGCCAUCUCGCCCUGGGGUGCAGAGGUCAAAGUCGAAGCUAACGCCCCAUCUGCGGCCACCAAGUCCGGAGCGCUGGCUGCCAAGAGCACCGGCAGGGUGAAGGAGGAGGAAGGUGGUAGCAAAACCAAGAAGAUGAAACUCACAGUCAAAGGAGGAGCUGCUGUGGAUCCUGAUUCAGGUCUGGAGAACAGCGCUCAUGUCCUGGAGCAGAAAGGGAAGAUGUACAGUGCUACUUUGGGUCUUGUGGACAUCGUCAGGGGAACUAACUCCUACUAUAAACUGCAGCUGCUGGAGGAUGAUGUACAGAAGCGGUACUGGGUGUUCAGGUCAUGGGGCAGAGUGGGUACCACCAUCGGAGGCAACAAGCUGGACAAGUUUCAUGACAAGAACUCUGCCCUGGACAACUUCCUGGGUGUCUACAAAGAGAAGACGGGCAACGACUGGGGCUCCUCCAACUUCACCAAAUAUCCCAAUAAGUUCUACCCCCUGGAGAUCGACUACGGACAGGAUGAGGAAGCAGUGAAGAGGCUGACGGCGUCCGCCGGCACAAAGUCUAAGCUGGCCAAACCCAUCCAGGAGCUGAUCAAGACGAUCUUUGAUGUAGAGAGCAUGAAGAAGGCCAUGGUGGAGUUUGAAAUUGACCUUCAGAAGAUGCCCCUCGGAAAGUUGAGUAAGAGGCAGAUCCAGAGCGCCUACUCUCUCCUCACUGAAGUGCAGCAGGCUGUGUCAGAUUGUCUGCCUGAGUCCCAGGUGCUGGAUCUCUCCAAUCGCUUCUACACCCUGAUACCUCACGACUUUGGUAUGAAGAAACCACCACUGCUCAACAACCUGGACUACAUUCAAGCUAAAGUUCAGAUGCUGGACAACCUGUUGGAUAUUGAAGUGGCAUACAGCCUGCUGAGAGGAGGGGCCCAGGACAAUGAGCGUGAUCCCAUCGACAUCAACUAUGAGAAACUCAAAACCAAGAUUGAGGUUGUUGACAAAACUACAGAGGAGGCUGAAAUCAUUAUGCAAUAUGUUAAGAACACCCACGCUGCUACACACAACACCUACACACUGGAAGUGCAAGAAAUCUUCAAAAUCGUUCGAGAGGGAGAGCGCCAACGAUACCGUCCCUUCGAGGAGCUACACAAUCGGCAGCUACUGUGGCACGGUUCUCGCACCACCAACUACGCUGGUAUCUUGUCUCAGGGUCUUCGCAUUGCCCCUCCGGAGGCCCCAGUGACUGGUUACAUGUUCGGCAAAGGUGUGUACUUUGCCGACAUGGUGUCAAAGAGUGCAAACUACUGUCACACCUCCCAGUCAGACCCUGUAGGCCUCCUCCUUCUGGCUGAGGUUGCCCUCGGCAACAUGCAUGAACUGAAGAAGGCCUCCCACAUUACAAAAUUGCCCAAGGGCAAGCACAGUGUUAAAGGUCUGGGUAGAACUGCUCCUGAUCCAAGUGCUGCUGCCACUUUAGAAGGAGUGCAAGUGCCUCUGGGAAAAGGAACCCACACUAACAUUGAUGAUACGAGUCUGCUGUACAACGAGUACAUUGUCUAUGAUGUAGCGCAAAUAAACAUGAAGUAUCUCCUGAAGAUCAAGUUUAACUACCAGACAUCUCUGUGGUGAGAGGGGCUGUUUCUGAACCCUCAUCAGUGCAAGCAAAGACCACUGUUGCCUCCAAACUCCUGGGCUUCAUUCCCUGCAACAGAAGAUGUUUGGCAAAGGGGCGAUGCUAUACCACACUUUACAAUGGUCAUUGGAUAUCUCUAGUCACUUUAUUGCUUUUUCAUCAGGUUCACUAGCUGGCAGCCUUCCAUAGUAAUGCAUUAGGUACUUAAAUACCUACUUCAGAGUUGCUUAUAAGACUGACACAGAACCACAGUUCAGUAUAGUGGUUGAAGUACUACAUAGAAAUGUUUUGGGUUAGAAAUGGACAUCAGAAAAUAUUAUUAGUUUUCUGUCUCACAUUGUAAUCUUGAAUUUCACAAGGAUCUUAUUUCUUAAUUCCUUAAUAACCAGCCAAUAACCUGUAGUUAAUAAGGCAUAUUACUGCAACUUUUGAGUUAUAAAAAAAACAAUCUGCAUACACACACACACCCACACAAACCACUGUUUAUAUUUUGCUACGGUUCUCAAGUAAAGAUAAACACAUUUAGUAGACUGUUGGGCUGAAAGAUACUGUACAAGGGUUGACAUGUAUAUAUUUGUUAUUUGUUUCUCAAGCUGUCUUCUUUGCUAAAAAUGAAAAAAUAAACAAUGUGGGUAGUGUCUACAAAAUAUUCUGUAAAAGAAACAACUGCCAUUGUAUGUGGUACACUUUUUAUUUGUUUUUCUCACUUACCUCAAACAAAAUAAAACAUUGAGUUCCCAAAAUUUCA